AUGCGCUCUGCCGCUCGUGUCCACCAGGGCGGUGAUCUCGCUCCCUCUCUCACACGCACACUCUCCGUGGGAGUCUCUCUAUCACUCUCUCUUUCUGGGAAAAACCCGAGCAGGAGAGUGGCAGAAGGGGGAGGAGGAGGAGGUCUCCUUCUUCUUCCGAUUCAGCGACUGAGGCAGUCUAUUUGAAAAAAAAAAAAAUUUAAAUAACCGCACCAAACCAAGUGGUGCGGGGCGGCUGAGGAAGAAAAAAAAACCGCACGGAUGUGUCUCCGAAAGCGCAGCGGAUACCGCCCUCCGGACCUAAUUAAUGCCAAGAUUGUGUGUGUGUGUGUUAAGGAGAGGUGCAAGGAAGAAGGGGGGAUGGCAUGCAUGUGUCCAGCCUGCUAACAUCCCUGACGACUCACACGCUAACAGACUGCCCACCCUCACGGCAUGGCGGAUGUACUGUACACGGGUCCGAUCCCAGCCGAGCGAGGAGGUGAGCUGGCCAUGGGGGGAGGUUGUAGCGAGACCUCAGCUCUGAGCGGGGCAGGAGAGGCCCGGGGCUUGACCACUACCCAGAAUUCCCAGCGGCCUAAUGCCUGCUGCUUUUGCUGGUGCUGCUGUUGCAGCUGUUCAUGUCUCACCGUCAGGAAUGAAGAGGAGAGACGGAAGAGGAGAAGGAGGAAGAGAAUAUCCCAGGACACCAAGAUGGAAACCAAACUUGAAACUUGCCCUAAACCCUUGGUGGAGGAGAUCCAGAUGUGGUCUCAGUCGUUUGACAAGCUGAUGAGGAACCCCGCAGGUCGAAAUGUUUUCCGGGAGUUCCUGCGAACCGAGUACAGCGAGGAGAACAUGUUGUUCUGGCUGGCCUGUGAAGAUCUCAAACAAGAAAUCAACAAGAGUGCCAUUGAAGAAAAAGCUCGGUCCAUCUAUGAAGACUAUAUUUCUAUAUUAUCACCAAAAGAGGUUAGUCUGGAUGCCCGGGUUCGAGAGGUGAUAAACAAGAAGAUGCAGGACCCCACGCCUCACACCUUUGAAGACGCCCAGCUGCAGAUCUACACGCUGAUGCACAGGGACUCCUACCCACGAUUCCUCUCCUCCAAUAUCUAUAGGACCCUCGUUCAGGGCGGGUCCCGCACCUCCUCGGAAUCCUAGUCCCCGUCUGCCUCCACGCUGCCUCGUAUUCUUCGGACAGGAGCAUUUCACCUCCUCUGUCGCACACUCCUGCCUCAGUUCAUUUCUCCUUUUCCUUGAAUCAUUUAUUCUUCUAAUUCAUGCGGAGAUUUUCUUCUCUUCUACACAGUCAGCUUGAAGUCAUUUUAUACUUUGUGUUCUGUUUUUCUUUGUUCAGUUUUUCUUCAUGCCAGAAAUAAUUAGAAUAAAAGAAGUGUUCUGCACAUCAAAUUGAAGAAAAAUAUAGAACCAUUAACAUGUAUGGCCAUAAAUACUCUGAAAUGAUCAAGACUUGAUUUUUGCUAAAUGCAGUUAAAUUACUCUUCCUCGUGUUUACAGGUCAAGCUCAUCCCUAAAGACAGAUUUUGUUCUCCUUCUUCCUCUUUCUGUCUUUUCCUCUUCUUCACCUUUCUCACCUAACCAGUAAACAACCGGAGAAGGAAACGUUCCUGGAUAUUUAAGUAUUUAUGAGUAAGGAUCUACUGUUAUGUGGAGAUGUACUUGACUACUUUGUGGGAGCCUGAUGCAUUUCAAGAGGAGAAACAUUAAUCUGUGCCAUGAACUUUUAGUGGAUUUUCACCGACGUCGCCCUGCCUAUUUGUUACACUCCAGUCACCUUAAGGAGCCAAUCAGAGGGGGACCUCCCAGACUUUCAACCUUAUUUUUCCAUCUAUCAGUGGCCUCUUUCUGAGGAAGAAUGCAAAGGUCAAAGGAAAAAGACGGAUGCUGUAUCAUUCCCCUUCUUUCUGCCGUUUUUCCUCCGUUCAACUGGAAAAACACAGGGUGCUCCCUCCAUCUCCUGCUAAAAAAACAUUUAAUUGUUUUCUGGAUCGAUUGUUUCCCUCCUGUCAUAAACGAACAGAUGAAGGAAGGCUGACAUUCCUUCCAACUACUGAUUUACAAAAAGACUACAAGUCUAUUUUUUAAGAGAAAACUAUAUGAAACAAUUUUAUUAUAUUAUAUUUUAUUUAGUUUUUUUUUUUUUUAUUUCUCCUACUGAGUCCCUUACCUGGAUAUUAUUAUUUUGUUCAAGUAGAGGAGAGUUCCUCUGAGACUGUACUGAUCUCCACCCAACAUACAGACAGACAUCACCGCAAUAAAAACACUGGAGUCCAAACAGGCACACACUGACGAUAUUUGAGUCACUCUACUUACAGGGAUUGUUAAGUAAUCAGUCAUAAGGUGUGUAAUUAUCAGUAAGACUUGAUGAAACGAACCAAAGAGUUAACGGCGAGAAUAUUGUAACAUUUCUACCUUAUCCUGCUUUUCUUCCUGAUUCCUGUUUUCCUCACAGCUACAGUCAGUCUCUCAACUCAGGUUUUCCUACUUUAGCUGUGAGUGUGUUCAAGUUCAAAUGGAAGUAAAGGCACCAGAUGACCGCUGACUCAUAUUUCUCACAAGACCAAAACGUCUAGUUUUCAAGUGGGAGUUAUUGAAGUAACUUUUUUUGGUUUCUAAAAUAGAGGUAACGUUCCCAGAUCCCAAACAGUUUUUUAUUGAUUGUGGGCCAAUCUGGAAGUCACCAGUAUUUUAGAUUCUGAGCUACAGAUGCACAAAUGAAGCCCUGUUUCCUUAAAAACAGUGAAAUAGCCCUUUACCUUCGCAUGGGCUCGGAAUUGCCAGAUCGGAUUCGAACUUCAGCAUCGUCUUGUCUACUGAUUAUCUACACUUUGGCAAGUUUUGCUUUUCAGUUCUUAUUCACCUGACAAAGUGACAAAGUUGUGACAAGACAAAAAGUCACAUUUAAAUAUCGCAAGACCUCGUUCCACGCCUAAUAAAAAAGUCAAAUGUUCAAAUAUCUAAAAAGGUUUUCAGCUUUUCGGUCCAUCAUGUUAAUGUGAACAAAUUAGACGGAAGCUAAAUCUGUCAGCAGUCCCUGCCAGGUUAAUGGUAUAAAACAAAAUUGAUGCUUUAUUUAUUUAUUUUUUUAGCAUUAUAGCAACAAAAUUCUUUACAUUGUGUUCCCUUUGUUCUCAUAAGCUAGAAUUUCCUAGUUUCAGAAAUCCUAAGAAAACUACAUGGAAAGUCUGUUUUUUCCCAUGACCUCACAAUUCAAUAUUGUGGCCACUGGUAAUAACUUCUUACUGCCUGAAUUUUUUAGCACAGUGCUUCCAGUACGAUCCUUAGUAUGUUUGGAAUAAGCAUCAACAGACAUUAGUGGGAUACAUACACCACUAUAGCUCUAUUAGGACUGGAGGUAGUUUGAGGCAAAUUUGGGACAGUCUAAAAAUGAUUACACCUAGUAAUACCUGCAGAAAUUCACCUGUCCACCUCUGGUGGUUUGUUUCUUAUUAAAAGAAACAAACCACCAGAAGAGAGAGAGCUUUGCUACAGUGUUUGGAUGCCUAAACAUGCAGAAAAUGCAAUAUGAGCUUAAAUGGCUAAUAUUAAUUAUUCUGACAGAGCCUAACAACAUAAAUUCCACUGGAUUCUGACCUGCUGAAAGAAUCCCCAGAUCUAAAUUUGGACCUCUGAAGCAAAUGAAAUGAAGCAUAAUAAUCAUUAGUUAAAUAAUCUUAGAUAUCUUUUAUUAUUAGUUACAAUCUAUUACCUGCAUUACACUGUGUACAUUUUUUUCACACCAUAAAUAAUUUAAACCAUAAUUCCAAAUCUUUAAAUCAUAGAAUGUACAGUGUCAUAGCUUUGCUUUUCCCACUGCAGUGGGAUCACUUAUUCACUGAUGUUCAGCCGAUAGGCCCAGCAGGGAUAACCUUUAGGUCCCUGUCUGCAGCCACCUUCACUUUGCUGUUUUUAUACAUUUAUUUCCAGGGAAGCAGGAUUCUGCAUUUCUACCAACAUCCUCUCAUAUUUCUAACUCAUUUAGACUAAAAGCUGAUAAAGUCACAGAUACGGUCAUGAAGCCUCCGUGGACUUAAUUGGCCAAUAAAUAACAAGAAUGUUUAAAUGUUUUGCACUUUUAUCUAAAAAUCCCCCCAAAAUAAAAAUGUACAGUUCAAAACAGUCCCAGUAAGUAUAGAAAUUCAAAUAUUUACACACACGUCCACACACACACUCACACCAGGGUGGCCUACCUGGGCACUGCUGCUGCUGACCUCUGUAACCUCUCACCUUUGACCACGCCACUGUCUGAUGCCCACUUGGACGCCUGCUCCUGAUUGGCUGCAGGAGGCCACAGGGCUUAUCUGUCGUUGGUCAGUUCAGGAAGAGGGGUGGGAGAAAAAUCCCAGGUGCAAAAAAAAACCUUAAUGAAAAAGCUGAUGAAAAAUAUACAGAGAGAAGAAAACAAUGUAACUAUUGUUUGAGAUGGUAUGCAUAACCCCAGUGCUUCAUGGGAAAUGUAGUGUGAGGAGAACAAAUGUUUGUAGGUGCGUGUAGCGUCAUGGAGAGAGGAAUUAAAAUAUAAAAAGAGAGUUGUCUGAGUCUUUUAACAGGUUGGUCACUUAGAAUGCAUUUAUCUUAGUAUUGUUAAUGUUAUUUAUUUUAUAUUUUGUUAAAACUGUGAUUUUAAUUGUACAUAUAUAAACAGAAACCCUUAAA